UCCACAUCCAAAGGGACCAUGAUGAAGCUUGCCUUUGUCCUUGUUUUGCUUCUUGCUGGUGCUGCUGCAUCAGAGGCCAUUGAAAAGAGGAUUAUUGGGAGUCAAGACUGUAAAACGGACAGACAGUACCAUGUCCAGGUAGAGUCGCUCCAGGGGGGGAAGUCCUGUGGAGGCUCUCUGCUCAACACCCGCUGGGUCAUCACUGCUUCUCACUGUGCAGAACAGGAGGUGAAACUGAAGCUUGGCUUAAACCAGGAGCUUUCAUUUUUUAAAAAACUAAAGUCAAAAGCAAAGGCUUUAUUUAAUGGACCAUCCAAAAAAUACGAACAAAUAAUUAAGACUGGGCAACAGUUCACCUACAAAGACGAGGAGGGGCGUGCCCAUGACAUCAUGCUCAUAAGACUGAAUGAGGAUAUGUCUGCUAGCGUUCCCUACAUCACUCUUCCCCCUGUUGAGUGUUCCCAACCAGAGCCAGGACAGCAGGUUGAAGUUGGAGGGUGGGGAGCCAAGAAGACUAACUUGAAAAAGGCGAAGAAUUUGAGGUGUGCCACCACAGACAUCAAGGCAUGUGGUGAGAAUGAUAAACCCGAUGAUAAAUACUUCAGUGACGAAUCUACCACCAUGUGUGCCUUCAAACCUGGUGUGGAGGCCUGCUAUGGUGAUGGAGGUUCAGCUGUGGAGUAUAACAAUGUCUUACAUGGGAUUAUUGUAAGCGACCCUGUUGAUAAGUGUGCAAACACCAUUGUAAUGCUCAACAUCUGUCACUACAGAAAGUGGAUUGAUGAAACCAUGGAGAGCAAUUAGAGUAAAACUUACAGUUUAAUACAGAGAGAAUUGCAAGUAUACUUAAAAUAUCUCAUAUAUUUUCAUUUACAAUCAUAAUCACCUGCCAAAUUAGCUACAUUUUAUGUUAGUGGAUAAAACUGGAAAGAUCAGGAGUCAGUAUGGUUUGACUGUACACAGUUUGCUAUGUUACCUUGUGUUUAAUUUUUUAACAGAGGCAAACACAUUAAUUUAAGGUGCAUUAAAACCACCAGAGCUCUCCUUAUAAAAUUAUGACUGUAGGCUUCAUUUAAAUUCAUGUUUUCUUUCUGAGUUCCUUCUGUAAAACCACAUGUUUUCCACGAAUUAAAAAAUGUGAUC